CUAAUUAGAAACAUAACAUCCAUAGUGAUUAUUUUCCAACUGAUUGCUGGGUUUGUUUUACACAGCGUUAUAUAUAGUGUGUUUUAUGUAGCUGCCUGUGCAGUCGUGCCUGCCCACAGGCCAGGCCCAGGAGCCGUGGGAGGAGCAGGCGGCGCCUCCUGCCCGGCCAGAGGCGGCUGCUGCGGGACAGGGAGCGCGGCUCCGGCCCCCUGAUACCGCUGUGAACAUCCGCCAAGAACCCAGAGAGAUGGGCAACAAGGCGCGACAACAACCGGCGAAGUGAAGGCUGGGGAACCUGGGCAUGUUUAGUCUAGAAGGAGGAACUAGCAGUUUGUGUUAACCUUAGAUAACAUGAAGAUGGAGGACUAUGAAAUAUUCUGUAGGAAGCAUCUUUCCAGAAUCCAAGAAGAGGCAAUAAAAGGAAAAACCUCUUUGACUGUUCAGAACAAAAAUAUCUCCCUCAUUCAAUUCUAUGGAGUUCCUGUGCUUUCCCCUCUGCUUAGCCUUGAAAAGAAAAAGGAAAUACAGCAGUAUAAGGAGAAAGCCCUGGAGCUGGAGAGCAGGAAACAGGAGUCCCGGAAAAAAGCUUUAUUGACUCGUGUUCAGGAGAUUGUCAAAAAUGUCCAGAUGAAGAAAGGAUCUAGUAUGAGUGAUGUGGACACAUCAAAGGCUGAGAGUUCUUGCCCUGAUUUGGAUUCAAAGGCUUUGACUUACUUCACAGCUCUAUCAGAUAUCAGUUCAGCAUGUACUCCUGAAAGGCAGAGUUCCAUGGACCUGGAAAAGACAUCGGAACUUAGACCAUCAGGUACUGCUGGGCAAGUGACAUCAAAUGUGACAGAAGUAGUUAAAGCAGCAGAAGAAAAUGUUUCUUCAAAGGCAAGUGAGAGUCGCUUCUUGGAAGAUGCGCCGUGUCCGAGGGCUGCAUCUCCUGACAAGGUGUGUACCAAGCUCCCAUCUCAUGCUCUGCAGAAGCAGGAGGGACGAGUGGGGUCACCAUCAGAUGAGGAUGUCCAAGAUCCAUGUGUAAUGAGUCUUCAGAACCUGAUAAAGAAGUCUAGGGAGUACAUAGAGAAAGAGCAGAGCAAGCGUCCCUCAAAAAGCAAUUCAAAGAGGAGUACGAGUGAAAGUAAUUCGGAUAAGGAAAAUGACGGUGUUAAAACAACUGACUCUGGGAAAGAGAGGGCAAAGCUUACAGGCAGGAGUUGCACUGCUCAGACACUUGAUAAACCCAGUCUUAAUAAAUCAAAUACCCUUCUCCACAGUGCCUCUACUCAUACAAAUAACACAAGUAUGUCCACUUUAUCCAGUUUUUCUAAAGUAGACAUACCUAUGAGAGUUGGAACACCCCCUUUGGUGGAUUCUGAUUCAGAUGAGGAAUUGAAAAAGAAUUCUAUGUUUGAGCAUGACAGUAGCAUUGUCAGGAGCCUCGCAGGCUCUUAUGCCAAAUUGCCAAGCCCAGAGCCAAGCAUGAGCCCUAAAAUGCACCGACGGCGCCCAAGACCUUUAUCCAUGGGACACAUCAUUAUAAACAACCCUGUGAAUGCUUACGAGUUAAGUCCUAAAGGCAAGGGUAGAACAAUGGAUUUAAUCAUGCAAGAUAUUGCUGACAAAAACAAUGUGUCUGAAUCGGUGCCAAAGUUCAUGGUGGACUUCACUACGGUCUGCCCUGGCAGAGUUCCUGGUGUCAGCAGGAAUUCUUCAGGCCCUUGUGAUGGGUUGGGGGUUGGCAAACCAAAGCGCCAUUCCUUUGGGCUCUUUGAGAGCAGAGGAACAGUGUCGGCUGUGGUGGAAGGACCGGUGGUGAUGGACAGCAGAGGGCCAUAUAAAGCAGAGAGCACUACUAGUAUGGCACCUCCAAAAGUGAGUGAGCCCUUUGCCAUCAGUCAGUCUGCAGUGACACAGAGGAUCCUGGCUGUGAGUGAAAUGAAACCAGCUACUUUGGCAGAAAACACUAAAUGUAAUUCUCCAAUGGAACUCAAUAAAUCUUAUGAUGUGGAAAGUCCAUCUCCACUACUAAUGCAGAGCAAGAAUGUGCAACAGCAGCCGGAUAAUACUCCAAAUGUUUCCUCAGCAAAUGAGCAGUUCCCAGAAAAUUUUGCAAAGGUAAAACGUAGACUUGAUUUGGACACUGACUACUGCCAAAAAGAAAACAGUUCCUGUGGUCUCAGAGGUGGAGUGGAAGAACAAGAGAAGCAGUGGUUGCAAGAACAGAAAUAUCCUGUGGGAUCAGUUUACAUUACCAAGAAUGCAGUCCUUGAAAAUACGGCAAAAGAUAUUUUAAAAACUAAUGUGCUGACCUUUGAAGAAGUGAAAAAGAGACUUGAAAAACAGCAUGCACAACAACUGUCGAUUCUGAUAGCUGAACGAGAGAGAGAACAGGAGGAAUUGAAGGAACUGGAAGAGCAGAAGAGAAAUUCAAAAGGAGAGAAGGUUACUACAACGGAAAUAGAAAUUUCCAAAGUGAAUAUUAACAGCAGGAUGGAGUUGGAGUGGAGGAAAAAAAGUGAAAGUGGCUUGCUGGAAAGUGUGCAGUCUCAGUUGGAGACAGUCCAUAACACAAACUCCACUAGCAUUGGUUUUGCUCAUACAACACCCAACACCUUUUCUUCAACAAGUGAAACUUCGUUCUAUCUCUGGGGACCAUCAGGAAGUGGAGUUAUAAAGACCUCAGUAUGCAGGCCAAGUAAUAGGAUCAAAACUAGGUGGAUUCAGGUUUUCAGUCCAGAGAUACAAAUGAAGUUCGACAAGAUCACAGCAGUGGCAAAGGGAUUUCUCACUCGUAGACUCCUGCAGACAGAAAAACUGAAACAUCUUAAGCAAACUGUAAAAGAUACUCUGGAGUUCAUAAAAAAUUUUCAGUCUGAAGCUCCAUUGAAAAGAGGAAAUGUGUCAGCACAAGAUGCAUCCCUUCAUGAAAGAGUAAUGGCUCAGCUGCGAGCUGCUCUGUAUGACAUCCAUGACAUCUUUUUCACAAUGGACGUGUCGGAGAGAAUGAAUAUUCUGCGUCACGAUCGUGAAGUUCGUAAAGAGAAGAUGCUCAGGCAAAUGGAUAAAGUAAAGAGCCCAAGAGAGCGAGUGACACUUUCAACAGCUACACAGAAAUCUCUGGACAGGAAAAAGUACAUGAAGGCUUCAGAAAUGGGAAUACCAAGUAAAAAAAUAAUAAUGAAACAAAAAACUCCUCAAAACCGCAUACUUCAACCAAACCAAGUACAGAAUGCUCCAGUUCAUAGACUGCUUUGCAGACAAGGUACCCCUAAGACCUCAUUGAAUGGGGUUGAGCAAAAUAGAAGGAAGGCCUCAGGGAGCAGAGUGCUUAACAAGGCUGUUUCAGGAGCAUAUGCAGGAAGAACCCAAAGAAAGAAGCCAAAUGUUGUGAUAAUUUAAGAAGACAACAUUCACUGGGAUAAAAUGGCUAUGUUUUAAUGA